AUGACAACAAUUCAACCAUUUGAAGCCACAGACCUUCUUAACCUAAAUGCAAUCAACCUUGACAUAUUUACAGAAAAUUUUCCGUUAGAGUCGUAUUUGGAGUACUUGAUUCUAUGGCCAACCUUAUUCUUUAAGUCCGUUGAACUAACCAGCCAUGAUAAGAAUGAACGUAUUAGUGGUUAUAUGAUGGGAAAGACCGAAGGUAGGGGGCAAGAUUGGCAUUCACAUAUAACUGCAGUAACAAUUUCACCGAAGUUCCGACGUAUUUCUCUAGCUUCUAUGCUUUGUAACGCGUUAGAAACUAUCACAGACGAUAAACAACAUCAGGUGAACUUUAUCGACUUGUUCGUAAAGUGCAAUAAUGCUUUAGCAAUAAAGUUGUACGAAAAGCUAGGAUAUGGUAUCUAUAGACGAGUGGUCGGUUAUUAUAAUAGUCCUGAGGACGGUUAUCCACGGUCACUAAAAAAAAUAAAUGACGAUAAGGACGCAUUUGACAUGCGUAAAGGAAUGGUUCGAGAUCAUGGACGUAGUACGCGGCCCGAGGGAUGGAAACAAUACUGUUUCCCUCAUGACAUAAAAUUCUAA